AUGGCAACAACAACAAUUACCACAACAAAUAACUAUCAUAAUCAUCAUUAUCAAGAAGAAGAAAUAGAAGAAAAAUCAAUUAAUAAUUAUAAAUAUGUUGAUGAAUUAUGUACAGACAUAUCUGAUUAUUUAGAAUAUUUGAGUAAAUUAGCAAAAAAAGAAAUUAGAAGGUCAGAGGAAUAUAAUAGAAAUAUUGACAACAACGACGAAGAUUAUAAAAAUUAUAAAAAUAAUCCUUUUCCAGCUUUUAGUAAUAAUAUGUAUAAAGAGGAUAUUGGUGGAAAAGAUGUUAGAAGACGUGGAGGUAGAAGAGGAGGAUUUUGGAAAUACUCAAAAUUCGACGAAGAAGCAUUUAAUGAAAAAAUCCAAAAUUAUAUUUUAUCAACUUCUUCACCACAAAAUAUAACCAAGGUUGAUAAUAUAAAUAUAUUAGGUUUACUUGAAUCAUUCUAUGAUGCCGUAAUUACUAGUAACGUGAAUUAUGAAAAAGUUGAAGCUCACGAUGACGCAACUAUUACUAAAGAUAAAGAAACAUCAUCUACUUCUUAUGACAAUGAUGACGGGGACGAAAAUAGCUCAGCUGUUAGAUUAUUAAAAUCAAUUAAGCAUAAUAACGAUCUUAUAAUCAAGAAUAAUGAUCUUAUUAAAUCUUCUUCGUUUUCUUCUUAUUUAUCAUCACCGGAAUAUCUGUUCAACUUUAACCACUUGUUUGAUUCUUCCAAUUAUUCUAAAUGGUUAGUCUCCUCCUCCUCAUUUUUUGCGUCUUCUUUAUUCAAAGGAAAAUCAUUUAAUAUAGAACCAGGACCAGUAACUUAUUUCAAAGAAAUACUUGAUGAAAUGUCAAGACAAAACGUUAAAUGGAUGUUGGAUCGAAAAAAUCAAUUUGGUGCACCAAAUGAUCAAGAAACCAACGAUGCAAUUCUAUUUGGUUACCUGGUUGCUUGGUUUAUAAACGAUUACACGAAAGAUCCAAAGCUAUCAUCGCACACUUUCAUGAAUGGCUUACCAGGAGUUGCCAUAGCCUUAUUUCUGUAUGAAGAAGCAGGAAAACGUGGAAUCUAUCACCGUUAUUGUAUUGAAUGCGCCGCAUUCCAUUGUGCCAAUGUUUUCAUCACUGUCAGUCAGAUCACUGCUUAUGAAGCCGAACUUUUAUUAAAAUGA